AUGUAUGCAUUACCCAUUCGAAAUAUGGAUCAGGAAAAUGUCAUUUUAUUAAGUGAUGUUCAAUCCAUUUUUCCAAAAGCAACUGCCCUUUUAUCAAACUCAAAACUAAUUCCUUUUAAGCUUGAUCCUCUUCAUCACACUGAACUAUUACCAAAACGCAUUCCCAUCAUCAAUGAUCAAAAUAUAUGGCAAGUGCAUGUACCUAAUGAUCAAGAUAAUAAUACCACUACCUUGGAAUUCCGUUUGAAACUUGAUCAACUGAAUGAGAAAUUAGAUUAUUUGAUUUCAUUACAUCAAUCACAACAGCAAGAAGUGAAUAGUGAUCAACUGGAACUAUCACUUGAUAAUGCUACCUUUAGAAGUGUAAAUGAUGUCAAUAACAAUAACAGUCCACCACCAGCUUUUUCAAGUCCAUCUCAUGUACCUUCUUCUUCUUCUUCUCCUUCUUCUCCUUCUCUUCUUUCUGCUUCAUGUCAACAAGACCACCAACAGCAUAAUAGUAGUAAUAAUCACCAACAUCAUCAAGAAGCUCCUCCUUCUUAUGAGACCUCCAUUCUCAGUACCAUCAAAGAUAUUAACGAAAAACUACGUUUAUUCGAAUCGCAUAUACCGAAUCGACACAAAUCACCAAAAUGGUUAGCAAAACGUGAUGAAUGGCUCAAUCGAGAACCCAACAGUAUUGAACAAGUGGCUUACCAGUUAGUUCAACUCGAGAUGGCCUUACUAUGGACAGCUGUGACUGAAUCUUGGAUUCAAGAGCGGGAAACUUGGUUGUCCUUAGUUGCAAGUGCUCAAACCGAGCGUCAUUUAGCAAGUGCCAUCAUUAAUCUUGAAAGAUAUACAUUAGUUAUGGAUCAAGAAUGGUCUCAGAUCAGAGAAAGAUGGAUUAAUGAAUUAUUGGAAUUUGUUGUUUUACCGUUAAGCCAUGGUUAAUCAUAAUAGAACACACACUCACACACACAUACAUACAUACAUACAUACAUACAUACAUGCUCACACACACUCACACACACAUACAUACAUACAUACAUACAUACAUACAUGCUCACACACACUCACACACACAUAUUAUAUAUAUAUAUAAAGGAAGGAGGGGAGAGAGAGGAAAAGAAGAAAACGGUAUUUUUGUAUAUAAAUACGUAUACAUGACAUGAGAAUAGGUUCUAAAAUAUGUAAGCUUUUAUAUAUCAAGCUAUUAAAGUCAUUAUUAUAUUGUGUUUAUUCCUAUGUUUUUAUU